AUUUAAUGUAAACUGCCAAAAAAACAAAUUCAUAAUCUUGGUUCUUCGGAUGCCACAUCUCAAAGCUUUUACAGACCAUACUGCUCUGUAAUAUUUCCUAAUUUGCGUCUUCUUUCAAACAGAAAUACCACUCCUUUUUUUUUUCAAAGAAAAUAUUAUUUAUAGCUGAAGAAGUGGAAACCAAUUUUUAAUUUUGAUUGCCAAUCAUUCGAUUUUUGGUUGAAUUUUGUUUGUCUGCUGAAGAAUCUGUAAGAAACAAUCUGUUGAUAAGCUCAAAACAAAGGUGCCCAUCACUUGAUUUGCCCAAAGUUACUGGAGAUUUCGAUUAGUGACCGCAGACAGAAAAUCGUAAACUUAGAAGAUGUCCCAAUUCGGACACGUUUCUGCGGUCAACUUGAACAGGCAAUAUAACAUACUCAAUGUCACUUUUGGUCAAAUGAAUGGCCUAUCAUUUGCAGUCGGUGAAGCCAUGGGCCAUAAGUUAAGGUUUCCAUCUGCAAAUGCUGUUACAACGAAAUGUAGAAGGAACACAUCUCCUUUGAAAGUUGUUUGCAUUGAUUAUCCGAGGCCUGAGCUUGACAACACGGUUAACUAUUUGGAAGCUGCUUUGUUAUCCUCGUCAUUUCGUAAUACUCCCCGUCCAAACAAGCCCUUGGAAGUGGUAAUUGCUGGUGCAGGUUUGGCAGGUUUAACAACUGCAAAGUAUUUAGCAGAUGCAGGUCAUAAACCAAUAUUAUUGGAAGCAAGAGAUGUACUUGGUGGAAAGAUAGCUGCAUGGAAAGACGAGGAUGGAGACUUUUACGAGACUGGCUUACACAUAUUCUUUGGGGCUUACCCAAAUAUGCAGAACCUAUUUGGAGAGUUAGGUAUUAACGAUCGAUUACAAUGGAAAGAGCAUUCUAUGAUAUUUGCUAUGCCAAGUAAGCCCGGAGAAUUUAGCAGAUUCGAUUUUCCCGAAAUCUUACCUGCACCAUUAAACGGAAUAUUGGCAAUCUUGAAGAACAACGAAAUGCUGACGUGGCCGGAGAAGAUCAAAUUUGCCAUCGGACUAUUGCCAGCUAUACUUGGCGGUCAACCUUAUGUCGAGGCUCAAGAUGGAAUAACAGUCAAAGACUGGAUGAGAAAGCAAGGUAUACCAGAUAGAGUAACUGAUGAAGUUUUCAUUGCCAUGUCGAAAGCACUCAACUUCAUAAACCCCGAUGAGCUGUCGAUGCAGUGCAUUUUGAUUGCCUUGAACAGAUUUCUGCAGGAGAAGCAUGGUUCGAAGAUGGCAUUUUUGGAUGGAAAUCCGCCGGAAAGACUUUGCAUGCCGAUUGUUGAGCAUAUUCAGUCACGAGGUGGCGAAGUUCGAUUGGACUCUAGAAUAAAAAAGAUUGAUCUAAACGACGAUGGAACUGUGAAAAGCUUCAUAAUGAACAACGGGAGUGUGAUUAAAGGAGAUGCAUACGUAUUUGCAACUCCAGUUGAUAUCUUGAAGCUUCUUGUCCCCGACGAAUGGAAAGAGAUGCCAUAUUUCGGGAAAUUGGAGAACUUAGUUGGUGUUCCGGUUAUAAAUGUUCACAUAUGGUUCGACAGAAAACUGAAAAAUACAUACGAUCAUCUUCUUUUCAGCAGAAGUCCACUUCUCAGCGUCUACGCUGACAUGUCCGUGACUUGUAAGGAAUACUACGACCCAAACAAAUCUAUGUUGGAGUUGGUUUUUGCACCCGCGGAAGAAUGGAUCUCACGCAGUAACGAAGAAAUAAUCGAAGCCACAAUGAAGGAACUCGCUAAGCUCUUUCCCGACGAAAUUUCUGCUGAUCAAAGCAAGGCAAAAAUAUUGAAGUACCAUGUCGUCAAAACUCCUAGGUCUGUGUAUAAAACGGUACCUGGAUCCGAGCCUUGUAGACCGUUACAAAGGUCUCCGUUAGAAGGAUUCUAUUUAGCAGGCGACUACACUAAGCAAAAGUACUUGGCUUCGAUGGAAGGUGCCGUUUUAUCCGGAAAGUUCUGCGCUCAGGCGAUUGUUCAGGAUUACGAAAAGCUGGCUGCGAGAGGGCAGAAGAAGUUGGCAGAAGCAAGCUUUGUCUAACUCGAUUCAAAAACCGAAACCGCAGUAAAUUUGUCUUGCAAUUAAGUAUGUGAAGAGAUUAAUUAAUCAGGCAAACUUUAAUAAGUUAAAUAUUCUUUAAAUACGAAAAAAACGAACUUCUCUCAUGCAAGUCCUGUUAAGUAUAUUCUAUUUCACCGGUCGGGCUCAAAA